ACCCGGGGGGGCGGGAUGGCCGGGGAGGGCGGGAUGGCCGGGGCGGGGGAGGUCGCCGGGCCCCCUCCCUGCCAGCUGGACCAGGACAAGUACGACGACGCCGAGAACGUCAAGAUCAUCUGCCUGGGGGACAGCGCCGUGGGCAAGUCCAAGCUGAUGGAACGCUUUCUCCUGGAUGGAUUCCAGCCCCAGCAGCUGUCCACCUUCGCCCUGACCCUCUAUAAGUACACGGCCACCGUGGACGGCAAGACUGUCCUCGUGGAUUUCUGGGACACGGCAGGCCAGGAGCGGUUUCGGAGCCUGCACGCCUCCUAUUACCACAAGGCCCACGCCUGCAUCAUGGUGUUCGAUGUGCAGAGGAAGGUGACCUACAAGAACCUGGGCGGCUGGUACAAGGAGCUGCGGGAAUUCCGGCCAGAGAUCCCCUGCGUCUUGGUGGCCAACAAGAUCGAUGCGGACAUGAAGGUGACUCAGAGAAGUUUUAACUUCGCCCGGAAGCUCUCCCUGCCCCUGUACUUUGUCUCUGCUGCCAAUGGCACCAACGUGGUGAAGGUCGUGCAGCCCUUCUCUCAGCAACCCAGUCCUCCCCGGCAGCUCUUCAACGACGCCAUCCGCCUGGCCGUUUCUUACAAGCAGAAUUCCUCUGACUUCAUGGAUGAAGUGCUGCAAGAACUGGAGAACUUUGACCUGAAGCAGGAGGGGCCCUCCCCGGACCCCGGGAGGAGCAGCCCCGGCCAGGAGCCGCAGUCUGCCUGAGGCCGGUCUGAGGGCGGCACCCUCCUCCCCGCCCGCCUGCCCUGGGGGGCUAAAGUCACCAAUGCCCGGGAGCCACGUGGUCAGGAGCGGGAGGCUCUGCUGGGGCCACCACCACGGUACAGUCCAGCAGGCCACAUUCCACCCUGCCCCACCCUGGCCACUAAUACCUAGCCACCUCCCCCCACACCACACACACACAACCUCUCUCCCCACCCCCUAAAUUUCCACUGGUCUCCACGGGGGGGAUCUCUGGCUUCCUUCCCCACCCAGUGUCAGGACCCUGACUCGCAUCGGAUGCUCAAAAAUAAAAUUAUUUUUCCAACA